AUGCCGCCCGAUGAACAGCCCCCUGUGAAAGAGUAUGAUGCGGCACUCUUAGAUGGAGCCGAGGAAGACGACUUAGACGUUGACCAAGACGACGCUCAAUCUUUCCUGCAGCCAGCAAUCGGCCCUCUGGCGACCCUUCUCACAUCGCCGAGGAUUCCGGCCGCCGACAAAGCUGCCGCCUUUGAACGCCAGUACGCAGGUGGACCCAUGGGAACGCCUGGCAAAGAAGAGCCAAUUCGAUGGUCGCAGCCGGUGUCCAUCGUGGGAGGUGUUUCCAACGUCUUGGAGACUUCGACCGGAAGCCGGUCUUCUUCGGGACUUCCCACGCUGUGGCAGGCCGGGGCGAAGCAGUCCACCCUCAAUGAACCGGGCGGGUUCAGGUCAUCUAUGGCCGCAGCAUUCCAAACGCACUCGAGGCAACAUCGCGCACAUUCGGCAGGGGAGGGUGCCUUGAAAAGGCUGUCAAAGGCCCUACCGUCCAUCUCAAUACCCUCUGGGUUGAUCCCAAACAUCCCGACGCCGACUUUCUUCUCGUCGAGCUCCAGCUCACCGCAUAAAGAUGCGCGCACAUCGCAGUCCCGGACGGCUGCACUUCUACCAUCCGUUACCCCGGUUCGAGAUUACGUAUCUCCCCACGCAGCUCCCAUCUUGCCGGAUUUAGCUCGGCCGCGAACACUCCGCCAUACGACCUCCGAUGACUCCCUUCUCUACCACUCGCUCUCUCGUGUUUCUUCUCUGGGAGAUGAUGAACGCUUUGCCCACGUUCGUGAGCAGGUUAAUGUGCGAAUCAAGGCAAUCAUGGACAGCUUCGAUAGCCCGUCGUUCAGACUGCCUCAAAUGCCUAGUCUGCUGCACACGCCGCUGAAGAAAUCAGCGACGGAUCCUUUGCCUGGUGUGCACCAGUCAGGCGCCACGAGGAACGGCCAGCGCGUGAACCAAGACCCCCUGGACGCGGUGCUGGAGACGCUGACUGGGGAUGUCGUGAUCAUGGGCGGGUACAGGGGUUCUAUUCUCCGAUCGGCCAAGCCACCCCACAGGCGGUUGUGGGUUCCUGUCAAAGUUCAGCUGGGGGUCCGAAAGGUGAAUCUGGAAGUUGGACUCGAUCCUGAGGACGAGGAGAACAUGGAGAAGAGCAUUAUUGCCGACGGGAUGCUCCAGAAUAUUGGCCCGGUUGACAUAUCAAAGCGGCUUUUCAAGAAGUUGAAGGAGUGCGAGAAUGCCCAGACCGGCAAGCUGAGGGUCCACGACUAUGGCUACGACUGGAGACUCAGCCCGCACCGGUUAUCGCGCAGACUGGUAGAGUUCCUCGAAAAGCUGCCAUCAAACCAGCCCGACGUUCCCAAAGAACAGCGGGGCGCUCUGGUGAUUGCGCACAGCCUUGGAGGUCUCAUCACCAGGCACGCCGUGAACCAGCGGCCCGAGCUCUUCUCAGGGGUCCUGUACGUCGGCGUUCCACAGCGGUGCAUUAACAUCCUCGGGCCGCUGCGGAACGGCGAUGCUGUCCUUCUCAAUGAAAAGAUCCUGACGGCCCAGGUGAAUUUCUCGUUGCGCACCACUUUCGUGUUCCUCCCGGAGGACGGCUUCUGCUUUGUCGACAAAGUCACCAAGGAGGAAUACCGUGUCGACUUUUACAACGUGGAAGACUGGAUCAAAUACCGUUUAUGCCCCUGCGUUUCGGAGCCCGCCUUGCCAGCUCUGUCGCGAAGCAGCACCUUCGGCUCCCUCCUCAGCCUCUCCGACUCCCUCUCCAAUUUUCCCCUCCGCAGCAGAAGCAGCAGCCAAACCAAAAAGCACAACCACGCCGCGGAAGCAAACAACAACACCCUCGCCAAAGACCGUACCCUCGCGCCGCAACUGAACAGCUCCACCUCCUCCCCUUCCCCUCCCUCCCCCUCCUCAGACACAACAACAAUCGCCUCAACGUCCAAAACCCGCCCCACCUCUACGGCCCGCGCCCGCAACAUCGCCUACCUGACCCGCGUCCUGGCCGAGACAAGACGGUUCCGGUCCGAACUGGCGCACAGCUCAUCCCACCAGGCCGCCAACGCCUACCCACCGCUGGCCGUCAUCUACGCCAAGGACAUCCCUACGACUUGCGGUGCGGCGGUGGCCGGGCGCGAGGGAAUCGCGUGCGCGGAUGCGUACGACGAUCUGCUGUUUGCCAGUGGCGACGGGGUCGUCCUGGCAAGAGAGGCGAUGCUUCCCGAGGGGUAUGAGCUUGUUAGGGGGGGUAGGGUAUGUACGGACCGGGGGCAUAUCACGAUGUUGGGGGAUUUGGCGGCGGUUGGGAGGGCGUUGGGGGCGGUUGUGAGGGGGAGGGAGAAGGGGAUUGGUUUGGGACGAAAGAGCUCUUAA